AUGGGUACCAUGUACAAAACUUUAAGGAAACUGGGAACAAGAUCACAGAAACACCAGACAGGCACCACUAUCUCUACUGACGAAUUCAAGGCCCACUUCAGCAACGUAUCGAAGGACCGAUAUGAGAACGACCCGGGUACUUUGAUGAACACAGUCAAACAGAUACCAGAUGAAAGCAAAGACGUCAAGUUCAUAACAGCCAACCAGAAGCUGAACACCCUUCCGUCCGAGAAAGAAAUCAUGGAAGCACUGGAUGAGGUGAGAGAAUCGGCGCCAGGCAAGGACGGGGUCCGCAUGGUAUACAUUCGCAACGCAUACUGGAAAUGGAGGGAGAAAGUCAUCCACCUGGUGAUGAGAAUGUUCACGACCAGAGCAGACCUGUGGGAAGAGUCUCUUAAGAAAGCCCAAAUAGUACUGUUGCACAAAACAGGGAACAUCAAUGACGCCAACAAUUUCCGAGUUGUGUGCCUGCUCUCAAUGGCCAUUAGAAUUCUAGCAAGAAGGAUCGCAAACCACCUGAGAACAUGGAGCGAAGAACUCCAGAUAUUGGACGAAAACCAAAGCGGGUUUCGACCAGGCAGGUCCACGGCAGACGCAAGCCAGAUCUUCAUAAGGAUAAGAGAGGACGUGGAAGAUCUCAGGAGACGGAGGAUAAGAGCCGGAAUCUCAGUAGAAGCCAACACAGACCGAGAAGCCAGACUUUUAGACCUAACAAAAGCUUAUCCGCGGGUCAGCAAACCGGUCCUGUGGGCGGUCUUAAGGCGCUACGCGAUGGAAGGCCCGUUUUUUGACACAAUUAUGGAUUUGCAUGAAGCCACAACCUAUAGUAUAAAGGGCAAAGAGGGCGACAGCGAAGAAUAG